UCUGGCGGUGCAGACGCACCGCUGACCGCACACCACUGAGUUCGCUUAUCGCUAUAUGAGCACGCCACAGUCCACACACAGCCUCGCUUUGCGCAUGCGCCCUUGUUUGCGAAGAAUAAAGUGCAUCACCGUGCGUCCGACUCCGAAUUAGAGUCCAACCACUUCAAGUCCAACGACUGCAGUACAACGCCGUGUGACAUACCUGGUGUACAGAGACUCCAGGCAGUGGGGUUGGAAAAUAAAAUGCGAUAGCAAAGUGCCAAAAAGAAAACAAAGAUCGAGUAAAUGUUCAGCAGCAGCGGUUUGUCGAAAAGGAAUUUUUACACAUCUCACCAUCUAUCACACAUCUCUAGUCAAACAUGACAGUAAUGGACUUUUUUGGAUGUGCCUUGCUGGCCUUUGGGCCACCUCUAGCAAUGUUCACGUUUACCAUUGCGAUAGAGCCCAUUCGGAUCAUCAUACUCAUAGCCAGUGCAUUUUUCUGGCUGAUUUCGCUGCUUCUAUCAUCGACACUGUGGUAUGCAAUCGUACCUCUACGGAGCUACCUGUCAAUUGGACUCAUUUAUUCAGUAGUAUUUCAAGAAAUAUUCAGGUUCCUUCUUUAUAAAGUAUUGCGGAAAGCUGAAAAAGGCUUAGAAAAAGUAACAACUGCUCAUGUUGCGGAUAGUAGAGAUAUAUUUGCAUAUGUUUGCGGUCUUGGAUUUGGUCUCAUGAGUGGUGCCUUUGCCUGUGUCAAUGUCUUGGCUGAUGCCAUGGGUCCUGGAACUAUGGGGCUGCAUCAGGGCAACGAAUACUUCUUUAUGAUAUCGGCUGCUACUACUUUAUGCUUCAUUCUACUGCAUACAUUUUGGGGAGUCAUAUUUUUCUCUGCCCUCGAUAACAAGAACUGGUUCCAAAUAACAUGGGUUGUUGGAUCUCACCUGUUUGCGUCAGCUAUGACUUUACUAAAUGGUUACCAACAACAUGCAGCAAGCCUGUUUUCUGUCUACUCUAUUCUACUUAUUACAACAGUGGUUGCUUUCAAUGUAGCAGGUGGAAGAGUGCAGAAUCUCUUACAUUGCUUCAUAAAAAAAUGAGACUGAGUUGUACUAUCAAUUUUAAGUGUUAAUGCAUAGCCUAUUUUUACUGAUAUUCUCAUUUUUAUUUGAUUAAUUACUGAGAUUCAAGAAAAAUCGCAAGAUGUACGUUCAUUCAUUAUGUUAGUUUGUUUCAAAAAUCAAAAUUGAAGUAAAAUAUAGGUAUUUAAUAUGGUUUCACAGACCAUUCUACGCCAUUGCUGCAAAGAUUAAUGAAAAUGAGCUUUCUCUUUUAUGAAAUUAAGCUACGUCGACAAUAACUCAAGAGAAAAGUCCUCUUGCACGAAAAUGGCGUAACUACAACGAUUUCUAAUUAAAAUUAAGAUUUUCGUUUCUUAAAAAUUCGAAAAAGUCGCAGUUUUGUAAUAUUCUUCGUUUUUAUGGAGUCUUUUCACAAAGAGUAUAUGUCUAAGAAUGUUUAGAAUGUUUAAUAAAAUAACUACCAUCUACAAAUUAUUAAUAGAAAUCAUUAUUUAAAAUGUGAAAUUUGAAAUAUUAAAAAAUCGAGUCCGUUCCAAAUAUAAUGUAGAAGCCUAGAGAUCUAUUAUGGAUCACUAGGGAGUAAUUUUGAAGUAAAAUAAUCAAUACAAUCUUGCUCUUUACUAUAACUAGGAUGUAUAAAUUGCAUAUGUGAUAUAAUUACUCUUUUUUUUUUAUUUAAAAACCAAUUGACAAAGUUGAAAAUAUGCCUUAUUUUAACCUGAUUGAAUCUAAUUAUCUACUUGUUAUUAAUCAUUUUUAUACCUAUAUGCUCAUUUUGUACAUGAGGCCAUUGUUUGACAAAAUGUAAUUAACAUUUUAUUCAUAGAAAAUGUAUUUACUAAAUCAAUUUUCCAUUCACACAUACAUUCACGUUAUAAAAAAUAAUAAUAAAAUCAUUUUUAUACAAAUAUUAAAA